AUGGUAGCGGAGCGCGCCCGCAAAGCGGCAGCCGCCGGUGCCCGCGGCCCUGGGGAGUCCGGCGCGCCCGCGGCGGUGGCGCUGGCGGCGGCGCCGGCCGAGCGCUGCGCGCGGCUGCCGAGCCCGGGGUCGUGCGGGCUGCUGGCGCUGGCCCUGUGCUCGCUGGCGCUCAGCCUGCUCGCCCACUUUCGGACCGCCGAGCUGCAGGCCCGGGUGCUGCGCCUGGAAGCGGAGCGUGGGGAGCAGCAAAUGGAGACGGCUAUUUUGGGACGAGUCAACCAACUGCUGGAUGAGAAAUGGAAGCUCCACUCCCGGAGGCGCCGGGAGGCCCUCCCGAAGCCGUCUUCAGGGUGUCACUGUCCGCCAGGGCCUCCUGGUCCCGCUGGAAGACCCGGCCUCCCAGGGGACAAAGGUGCCAUUGGGAUGCCUGGACGUGUGGGAGUAAAGGGCCAACCAGGCGAGAAGGGGGCCCCAGGAGAUGCCGGCAUGUCCAUCAUCGGCCCCCGUGGCCCCCCUGGUCAGCCAGGCACUCGAGGUUUCCCUGGAUUUCCGGGUCCCAUUGGGCUCGAUGGCAAACCGGGCCACCCCGGACCCAAAGGGGAGAUGGGCCUGACGGGUCCCCGAGGACAGCCGGGACCUCAAGGACAAAAAGGAGAAAAGGGUCAGUGUGGAGAGUACCCACAUCGGGAGCACCUAAGCAGCACUCUUUCGGCUCUGCGCUCCAACCAGAUCAUUACCCUCAAGCUGCUGCCUCUCCUCAAUUCAGUGCGACUGGCUCCGCCCCCAGUCAUAAAAAGACGGACCUUCCAGGGUGAACAGGGCCAGGCCGGCAUCCAAGGCCCGCCGGGGCCACCAGGCCCCCCUGGACCGAGCGGACCUCUGGGGCCCCCGGGACUGCCAGGGCCCCUGGGGCCACCCGGCUUACCCGGGCCUCCUGGACCGAAGGGAGACCCAGGAAUCCAGGGCUACCACGGCCGGAAGGGAGAACGGGGAAUGCCAGGGAUGCCGGGCAAACACGGAGCCCAGGGAGCUCCUGGAAUUGCUGUGGUUGGGAUGAAGGGUGAGCCAGGGACCCCGGGAGCCAAGGGCGAAAAGGGGGCUGCAGGCUCCCCUGGGCUAUUUGGCCUCAUGGGGCAGAAGGGAGAAAAAGGUGAUGCUGGUAACUCCAUCGGAGGGGGCAGAGGGGAGCCCGGCCCCCCAGGGCUACCUGGGCCCCCCGGGCCAAAGGGAGAAGCUGGGGUUGAUGGCCAGCCUGGCCCCCCAGGACGGCAAGGAGACAAGGGGGAGCCUGGAGCAGCUGGAGACCAGGGACCAGCCGGCCCCAAGGGCACCAAAGGGGAACCAGGGAAAGGAGAGAUGGUGGACUACAACGGAAACAUCAACGAGGCUCUCCAGGAGAUCCGAACGCUGGCCUUGAUGGGGCCCCCUGGUCUUCCCGGACAAAUCGGCCCCCCCGGAGCCCCAGGCCAGAAGGGGGAGAUCGGACUUCCAGGCCCUCCAGGACACGACGGGGAAAAGGGACCUCGAGGCAAGCCAGGAGACAUGGGCCCUCCCGGUCCUCAAGGCCCCCCAGGAGAGAAGGGGGAGAAAGGGGAGACAGGACAGGCGGGCCCACCGGGUCUAGACGGCCCAACUGGGGAGAAAGGAGAACCAGGUGGCCAAGGGAGACCCGGAGCAACAGGAUUGCCCGGCCCUACCGGGCUCCCGGGAUUUACAGGAGAGAAAGGAGAGCCCGGGGAGAAGGGGGAGCCAGGAGCGGAGGUUCCUGGGCCUCCAGGGCCAGAGGGGCCCCCCGGACCUCCGGGGCUCCAAGGUGUUCCUGGACCAAAGGGGGAAGCAGGACUAGACGGAGCAAAAGGAGAGAAGGGUGUCCAGGGAGAGAAAGGAGAUCGAGGGCCGCUGGGAUUACCCGGAGCUUCAGGUUUGGACGGCAGGCCUGGGCCACCGGGUACUCCAGGACCAAUCGGAGUCCCAGGCCCAGCGGGACCAAAGGGCGAGAGGGGCAGCAAAGGCGACCUGGGGAUGACAGGCCCAACGGGAGCAGCUGGGCUUCCUGGUUUACAUGGACCACCCGGAGACAAAGGAAACCGGGGGGAGAGGGGGAAGAAAGGCUCUAGAGGGUCCAAAGGGGAUAAGGGAGACCAAGGAGCGCCUGGAUUAGAUGCCCCCUGCCCAUUGGGUGAAGACGGUUUACCAGUCCAGGGCUGCUGGAACAAGACACUGGCCGGGUCACCACUCUACCCUUCCCCUUGA